AGCCGGGGCCAGCCCCGGCCGCCGCCGCCAGCGGGGCGAUGAGGAGCAGCUGCCGGGCGGCGCCGUAGUGAGGCCGGCAAAUGGCCGAGGGGCCCCGGGCCGGCCGGCGGCUGAGGCACCGCCGCAUGGGGGCCCGGCGCUGAGCUUCGCCAUGGCUGCGCAUUCCAGCUUGUACAAUGAGGACAGAAACCUGCUGCGUAUUCGAGAGAGAGAGAGGCGGAAUCAGGAGGCGCUGCAGGAGAGAGACAAGUUCAGUGAGAACACCCCACUCUUUGCCGAGCCCUACAAGACUAAUAAAGAGGAUGAGUUGUCAAGCCGUAUUCAGAACAUGCUGGGCAAUUACGAGGAGGUCAAGGAGCUUAUCAGCGCCAGGUGCCAUCAGAAUCUCAUAGGGAUACCAAAAAGCAUCGCUCCUCUGAUCCCUCAAGGAAAGCCUGAUCGCCCGUUCUUCCCUGAAAAGACCAGCCAUACACCAUCUUCAUUCCACCAUGCAAGCCGCCAUCCACACAUGGGACCUCCGGUUGUAGCUCCUCCGCCUCCAAGCCACUCCGUUCACUACCAAAAGGCACAAUCAAGAACAGAACCAGCUUCAGGUUUGCACGCCAAGAGUCACAGCUUGUCCAGCAGCCGGAGCCAAGGUCAAGAACACAGUCGUGGUGGGCAGGAAAGUCACACAGGUUCUCGCCACAAGAGAACCGAGAGGCGCGCUGUUGGUGAGGGUCGUGCUAAUGAACUGCAGGCCUCCCUUCUGGAGCUUUCUCCAUUGCUGUCAUCUUUGUCUACUCCAGUGGCACCCCUGUCACCUCUACAUUCCAGCCAGCAUGUUAAUUCCAGGUCACAGAACAGCAGCAAAAGUCAUGGGCCGACCUACACUCAAACAAAAUCACCUCAGGACCUAGUGGCAGGCUCACAGGAGAAUGAAAGUCGGGACAGCUCAGCCAUUAACUUGGCUGGCACCACUCAGCCUUCCUCGCAGACCUUUCCCCCACCUUUGCCAUCAAAAACCAGUGCAAUGCAGCAGAAACCAACUGCCUAUGUCAGGCCAAUGGAUGGCCAAGAUCAGGCACCAGUAGAAUCCCCGGAGCUCAAACCUCUCCCAGAGGAGUACCAUACAGAACCGUAUGAGAAAAUCUCAGAUUUGAAGGCAAACGCCAAAGCCAAGUUAUCCAAGCUGAAAAUCCCUUCUGAGCCCGUUGAGCAAACCUUCCCCAGUGAUGUCCAGUGCGUUGAAGAAAUUCUGAAGGAAAUGACCCAGUCAUGGCCACCUCCUCUGACAGCUAUUCAUACACCUAGUACGGCAGAGCCCUCAAAAUUUCCGUUUCCAACAAAGGAAUCACAGCAUGUUGGAUCUGUAGCACAGAAUCAGAAACAGUAUGACGCACCUUCAAAAACGUUGCCUAGUUCUCAACCAAGAACAUCAAUGCUCCAGGACGACCUGCAGCUCAGUGAUAGUGAAGACAGUGGUGACGACCAAGUUGUUGAAAAGCCACCUUCUUCACUUGCUCCUCCAAGGUACAGUGCCCUGCAGUCCCAGCCCGAGAGCGUGGCAUCAGCACAUUCCAGCAGCCCAGAGUCAGGGAGCACCAGUGACUCAGACAGUUCUUCAGACUCGGAGACGGAGAGCAGCUCGAGUGACAGUGAAGCCAACGACCCUGACCCUCCGAGAGUGUCAGCUCCUGAGCCUGACCCACCAACUUCAAACAAGUGGCAGCUUGACAACUGGCUCACCAAGGUGAACCCGCCAGCAGUGCCAGCAGAGAGCCCCAGAGAAACUGCCCACACAGAUGGACGUGAGGAGGACAAGGAGCCAGGACAGCAUAUCGACAGCGAUUCCUCCCACGAGCACGCUGAGCCGAGGGAGCCUCAUCACAAGAGCUCUGUCCGAGCAGCCAGGGCUUCUCAGGAUGCUCACCUUCCGACCAAACGCAACUGCCAGAAGUCUCCCAUGUGCGCUGAGGAGCCCUCGCAGAGGCAGACUGUUGGUAUCAAAAGGCCCAGCAAGCCUCCAGUGCACGAGGGGCCCAAGGGAGGCCUGAAGGUGGAGAGUGAACCUGGUCCUUAUGAGGUUAGGGACCAGUCUUCCAGAGACAAGCCAAAAGUAAAAACGAAAGGGAGGCCAAAAUCCAGCGACCGAAAAGAACUGAAACCCAGGCUGCAAGAGCCCCCCGAGAGCAGAAAGCACAAGAACUCCCAUCAGGCCAGCGCCAAAGCCCUGCUGGACCCCAAGCCCCCGAGGGACAUUGUGGUGGGCAGUACCCAGGAGCACCUCACUCUCAGCCCCCACUCUCAGGGCCAGGGCACGACUCCCACCAGGACUAGCGGCCACAGGCCUGCUGCUGUGCUCAGAGAGGACUUCCACAAGGAGAAGCUUCCCUUGUGUGUCAAGGAGAAGAAGUUGCUGUCACCAGUGAGGGACGUGCACGUCCCUCACAGCCUCAUGGUUAAAAUUGAUCUCCCACUGCUGUCAAGAGUUCCCCAGCUCCCCGGGAAAGGCGGUCAACAGAAGAGAGCGGAGGCAAAGGAGUUCCCUGGUGCAAUGGGGCAGGAUGUGGAGAGGAAAAACACGGACACUCCUGACAAGUCCUUCAAAAAGAGGAAGAGGGAAAUGGAGAAGGAGAUUGAUAGGAAGAAAAUGAAAUCAGACAAAGAAACAAAAUCACUGCAGUCUUCAACUAACAAAGACUCCACUAAACAGAAAGCACCAAAAGCAUCAUUUGAGACCCAGAAGAAAGAUCUCCUGCUACCCCCACCACUGCCACCCAUGUCUCCCGCACAUUCUGCACCAAAGUCAACCAAGAUGGCCCAAAAGAGACCCAGGAGUGAGAACGGCCAGCUGCCUGCCACAGAAAACAACACUGCCAGGGACUCAAGCAGCCACAAGGAUCCUUUGUCUGCCAAGCACAAGAAGGUGGAGAGAAAGCACCCUGAACAGGUGAAGGGCAACAAAGGAUCUGCAGGGGAUGUCACGAAUCCUUUCCCAGUGCCUUCUUUGCCAAAUGGUACCUCCAAGCCAAGGAGACCUCAAGUCAAGUUUGAAAAACAGCAUUCGAUGGAAUAUCACAUAGAAGAGGCCAAGAGGCUGAAGCACAAAGCUGAUGCAAUGACCGACAAGACUGGAAAGGCCUUUCAGUACCUUGAUGCUGCCCUUUCCUUCAUUGAAUAUGGGAUUGCCAUGGAAUCAGAUGCAUCAGCACCAAAAUCUGCUUACAGCAUAUUCGCCGACACGAUAGAUCUCAUCAAAUUCAUAAUGACAUUAAAACCCUUUACGGACACCUCAGCAUCUUCACAUGAAAAAAUCUUUGCCGUGUUAUGCAUGCGCUGCCAGUCCCUCCUGCACAUGGCAAUGUUUCGUUACAAAAAGGACACUGCAAUAAAGUAUUCCAGGAUCCUGAAUGACCACUUCAAGAGUUCUUCCAGAGUAACACAAGCACCUUCUCCAUGUGUUGCAAGAAGCACAGGCAUGCCUUCUCCUCUUUCUCCAAUGCCCUCUCCUGCUGGAUCCAUGAGUUCUCAGCCAGGAUCAAAUGCUAGCAAUUGUGGUGGCAACAGCAUUAGCUCUUCAGUCACCAUCCCUUAUAAUAUCCCAAGCAUCACCUCUUCAUAUGUCAACAUCACUUCCUAUAUCCUCUAUGCGUAUGAUAUUUGGGAACAGGCUGAUGCACUGGCCAGGAAGAAUAAGGAGUUUUUUGCUGAACUCAGCGCAGCAGUGUGCCCUCUGGCACUGAACAGUAGCAUGACCGAACUGGUACACUACAGUAGACAGGGUUUACAGUGGCUGAGACUGGAGACAAAUACGCCUUAACUGGUGCUCAAGGUGGUUAAGUACCUUGAACUCUUUUGCACUUUGGAAGCCUCAGAAACAGUCUGGCUUGCUGAAUCAUGGGAUACAAAGCACCUGCAAGGGAAAAUAAAUCAGAGUGGAAGGGAUCUGGUUACACUGGAAAAAAAAUGAACUUUGUUUUUAGGGUAACAUUUUGCUGCCUUGAAAAAGAAGAGACAGAGGAGGGCCCCAGCGUUGAUGUCGCCUUCCUUUAAAACAACAAAGUGCAAUGAAUUGUCUGAAUGGCUCAAUGUAUUGAUGGUCUAUAAACAUUUCUAUUACGAAUAACCAGCAGGACAAUAAUCACACAUGAAGAAGUGCCGACAAGAAGGAAAUCUGCCUCCAGAGGUGAGUUAUUAUGCAACAUGCCACAGUCUGCAACAGCUGUGUGCCCAGAAGAGAUGUCAGAGAAGUGUUUUUGCAAGCACGGAUGCAGUCCAUCACACCACGUUGGUUCUUUGUCCAUCACACCACGUUGGUUCUCGGAUGGCGAGUAGCGUCCUCAUCAGCACCCAGCAGCAUUAUGUUACAGUAGACAGCCGAGUGAUCUGCCUCGCCUGCUUCCCAGCCUCACCCGCGUGCACUCGCCAGCCAGCUCCUGUGCUGAGAGUCGGGUGAAGCCCUGCCAUCGGUGCUGCACGUUCACUUCUGGAGUCACCAUUGCUGCGAUCCUCUUCCUUGCCGUACGCUCACCCACACGCCCGCCCCUAACGCUGUGUUGCUCGCCGUCUCGCUCGGUUUCAGCCACGUAAGCUGAACGUGGUCGAGGUGGUGAAAUCACCAGGUGUGGCUGGAAACAGCUCAGCGCCCGCCCUGCUGAGGACGCUUCGUCCGGUUGCGUUGGGUGGUUUCAGUGGGUGGGGGCGCGCGGCCGUCCUGGGGCUCUGCGGGUGAGCGGGGAGGGGCUGCUUGUGGAAAAUGAGGCAAAUCCUGCACUUGGAUAUCGGCACGCAACCCUCGCAGGUCUCGGUGAGUAUCUAAGAGCAGGAUCUGGUACCCAAGUUGUGGAUCCUUUGUGUGGGAGGUAAUUCAUGCGCUCUUCCUCAGCCAAGCCCCAGGAUGGGCCCAGGGACUUGGAAAUCUGUCUUCAGGGGGAUCAUGGAAGGGAAUAAUGAGGUGUUUGCAAGCCUUUUUUUCCUUGUCAGGAGCUGCACAUUUGAAAUUGCGAUUUUGCAAGUGGCAAUAAGAGCGAAGGCAGUAUCUGCGGCAUUUGUGCGUUCAGUAAAAAGACAGCAUUCUGUACCCAAAGAUUUCCUGUUGCAUGACAGCAGCAUCCUGCCAUCCUCAUGUCUAAUAGUGUGCCUUAGCCCUCUGGUCCCCUCUCGCAUCCCUCGCCCUGUUGCUGACGCAGAUGCGGGAGUGGCAAAGAGGAGGAAGAUAUCCCAAAAUCAUUGUGCUUACAGGAAGGAACAUGUCUCCGGUGAAGUAGUUCCCUUUUCCCACCUAAUACCAGGAUGGAGGAACAGGUCUGCACACAUGCAGCAGCACCUCCAUUGUAAAAUACCUGCUGGUGGUUUGGAGGCUCGCAAAAACCAGCAGCGAACACAUAUCAGCAAAAGGUCUGCAUUUCCAGAAGUAGGUCCCGUAGAAGUGGCCCCUGCUGUGGGGCUCAGCUCCAGUUGGAGCUGGCGGGAGCGUGCCGUGCCGGAGACGCACCUGCCCGGGCGUCUUCCCGGACCUUCGAGUCGUCUUACGUUCACUUUAUUCAAAGCCUUAGCGCAUUUCAGGGAUAAGCUGCCCUAGUGGUGGAAGGGAGGUCCCUGUUCCCUGCCCGAUUUACCUGCCAACCCUCACGCACGCUACCCCAGCUUUGGCCCGAGUGUGGAGGGGAGGCUGGGUACUUAGGGCUGCGAUCUCAGGAAGCGUGGGAGGGGACAGCCAGGGCCAGCUCCUGGUGUGCACUUUGGGGUUGGUCGGCAGGCCGGCGGCCUUUUCUGACUUGGUCUUGGUGCAGAGUUAGUUUCGGGUCCACCAGCCGAGCAGGACGAAGGCAGAAAGCCUCAUGGCAGCCAGACAGCAGCGUGGGAGUGGGCAAGAAGCAUGGCAAGGGUAAGGGUGAGUGGGAGCAGGGAGGGUGCUCAGUCUGGGACAGCAUUUCAUGUGCUGUCCCCAGCCGUGGCCCCCGGCCCUCCAAGCACUUUGCAACCCGGAUGGGGAGCACCCAUCGCCCAGCGGGCGAGUGGAGUGUGUGCAGCUGCAUGGCUGGCACGCGCCCUUGGUGUUGGGGCGGCGGGGGGCUCUCGUUUCAAAGGCCAGGGGCCGGUGGAAGCAUCGGUAACUGGCUUCACGCCGGCAGCCGGCUUUUUCUUUCUGUUACGGAGGAGACUGCUUAAAUAGUUGUUACUUUUUAGAAAGCCAUCGUAUUUCAACCAUGAGCCAGGUCAGAGGCCUGUGAGGGAUAAGGGAAGAUGCCCAUAGUUUUCACCUGAGUCUGGUCAGGCCCUUUAAAAAAAAAAAAAAAAAAGAAAAGGAAAAAAGAAAAAAAAAAGGAAAAAAAAAAAGGAAAUAGGAUUUGCCAUUAGAAAACAAAACCAUGCAUCCAAGGAAAAAGGAAAAACAGAGGUGAUGGUUGAGUCCCCGAAGGAGAGGAGGAGGGUAUGGUGGCAACAAAGCAUCAUUUCCACACAAUAUUUAUUUAGAAGGAAUAAUACAUGUGUUUAAAUUGUCAAAUGUUCUAUUUUUAAGAUGCUGUUUAUUUAAGAGUUGGAAAGCCCCACUUACAUGGAGACAGAGAUCUCUUCUGUAACCAAAAGUCAAAGUCUGACUGCAAUGUCCUUGUUUUUGUGUUUCUUUUUUUCCCCUCCCUCUUGGUUCCCAUUGCAAAUCUGUACAUCUUAAACUUAUUUUGGGGAUGCACAUCCCUCUUGUAAAUACUGUUUUCUGCCCUGUGUGUGGUGGAGUGUCGGAGAUGGUCGAUUCAUUCCUACGGGGUAAUAAACAAUAAAUGAAGUAGCCCAUUUGUUAC